CUUGGAUCUCUACGGAGAUCGAUUCUCCUUUAACCUUUUUAUUUUCACUCGUUAUUAUGUAUUUAUAACAUGGGUGAGAGAUGGAGAACACCGAACGAAUAUCAAAUAAAGUCAGUCGAUCAUCUAUGACCUCUGGAACGAUCAACAUUGAAACUUCUCAUCGUCGAAGGAUAUUCUAGAAAGAUGUAAAUAUUGCCGGUCUGAUCACGCAGUAUACUGCCGAACGUCGCAAGUGUGACAUCGAAGAAGAUAAGAGGAUGCUUUGGAAGGAUCUCGGAGAUUCUUUUUCAGAGACUUACGAGUUGAACAGCCGGUAUUGCUCGAGAAGAGUCGAGAAGGAUCCAUGCAUGGUAAUGCGAUGCAAUAAUCGAGUGAGUGAGUGAGUCGUCUCGUCUCGUCUCGUCUCGUCUCGUCUCGUCUCGUCUCGUCUCGACUCGUCUCGUCUCGUCUCGGUCGCAAGGUUCGCCUAUAAAACGCAAACGCGAACCAGCCCCGUAAUUACUGGUGGAAGUGACUGCUUGCCGGUUAACGUUCCACCUCGUCCAAAGGGUUCAUCGGCUCGAUUGGUUUAGCUUGCCACCUAACGGUGUGCUGGUGCAACAAGCGAACUUUAAAAACAUAUUAAAAAGGCUUCAGAAAGAGGAACUCCUACCAAUUGGGAAUCGAGAUUAUUAUAGGGUGUACCUAUUAUCGUCUCGUUGAUUUGAAGAAUAAUAAGAAAAAGAUCUUUCCGGCAUAGUCCAAUUAUGGCAAAGGGAAGAAGGAAAGGAAAAGGUCAAUUCUUGAAAAGGAAAAUACCUGAAAACAGAAGUCCUAUAGAAAUAUCACUCGUUAAAAGGAUGAACCGACCGAUCCUCUCAUUCAGAAAAAAGAGAUAAUGGAUCCUUCUUCUCCAGCUUCCGUCGCGCACGCUUAUGUGCAUAUAUAAAAAAAGCGUCGCGACCUUCGUGACGAAAGAAGAGGAAGAAAGACGAAGACGAAGGAGAAGAAGAAGAAGAAGAAGAAGAAGUAGUAUACAAUAAUUCUUAACCGCGUGAAACGCCUUUCGAACCGUGAAAGAUGUCUGCUUUUGCCAGUAGAAAACAAGGGACCAAAAUUGUAGUUGACAUUUUCUCUUCUCGAUGAGAGAAGACAGUAUUUCACGUGAGCUACUUAACAUGUUUACGUCAAGAGGAAAGCACUAACCAUUGAGAAGAGGUUUCUUUUUUUGGAGGCUGAAGAUCACAUUGUCGUUGGAUGAUAUUGUUAUUUGUUGUUUGGACGGCGAAGAGUAAACUAGGAGGAAGUCUGGAUUAUAAAAAUCAACAGGAAGAGAACCGAAAAGAGACGUUUUACCAUGCCGCAUACAGGUCAAGCAGGAGUGAAUCAACUUGGUGGCGUUUUUGUCAAUGGCAGACCUUUACCAGACUGUGUACGUCAACGUAUCGUACAACUAGCAUUAGUCGGUGUUAGACCUUGCGAUAUCUCACGACAAUUACUCGUCUCUCAUGGCUGUGUUUCCAAAAUAUUAACAAGAUUUUACGAAACUGGAAGCAUCAGACCAGGUAGCAUCGGCGGAAGUAAAACUAAGCAAGUAGCAACACCUACGGUCGUUAAGAAAAUUCUACGAAUGAAACAGGAACAGCCGACGAUGUUUGCCUGGGAAAUACGUGAACAACUUGCUAGACAAGGAGCUUGCGAUCCACAAAGCUUACCUUCCGUUUCAUCGGUUAAUCGAAUUCUCAGGGGUGGUGGACUUCAUACGGAUCAUCCUGGAAUCGAAGGGAGCUCAUCCACUGGAUAUGCUUCGCAAAUCUCUUCCAAUGUUGCUUCCAGAGAAUCGUUAAUGAGGACGGACUAUCAAUUGUUCUACCCGGGUGCAUUAGGACCAUUACAGAUCUCAACGAGUUCAGGAAACAACGGUACACCUUCUUGGAACCCAAGUUUUUAUUCGUCGCUAUAUCAAGCUACAACAUUACAUUUACAUCAUGGAAUGCAAUCAUUAACAUCUCUAGAUGCAGAAAGAUUAACCGAUCAAAAUGGAGUACAAAAUCAAGUGGAGUUAAAAUCCAGUUCGAGUUCUAUGGCAGGAAGUGAUGAUUCUUUAGACAAGAGCGAUCUAGAGGAAAAUGCUGAAUCUCAGGAUCAAUAUAAAUCCUUUCAAAGUGGUAGGAUUAUAUUAGAACUUGGUCAGAAGAUAGGAAGCGAUCGAAGUGCAUUUAUAAGACAUCCGACACCACCAAUAAAUCCAUUGGAAACAGAUAAGCAACAGCAGAAUAGCAAACAACAACAACAAAAUCAACAAAAAAGAAUUAUUGAAACAGAAAAAGAACAGACGAGUACAACAGUAACGAGUAAUGAAAUACCUGUUGAAAAUAGACCGGCUCAGGUACAAAAAAAACGAAAUCCCUAUUCGAUAGAGGAACUUCUUAAAAAAGAUGAAAAAAAGUCAACCUCAAAAAGGCCUAGGUUGAUAAACAUAGACGUCGUACAACCAUGCGGUAUCAUUUUGAACAAAGAAAUUUAAAGAAAAUCUUACAAACAAAUCUCGUUUAGAUUUUAGGCUUAAUGAUGUAGUAUGAUAGGUCUGUGAGAUCUCUAUAAUUUAACUUUUAUUAUAUAUAAUUUCUAAGUUAACCUUUAAAAGGUUGUUACGUAUGUUUGACCAAGGUACAUAGACGUCUGAAUUCGCCAAAUGUAAAGUAAGAUGAUAAGUAAGAAUCCUGUUGAUUUUGACCAAGAAGUGAAAAUAUGAAUAAAUACAUGAAUAUCGUUGUCCGAAUGAUUAAACGAAAAGGGUAAUAAAGUAACGGCUGUAAAGUAUGAGUACACGGAAGACAUGAAGAUAUACAUAUAUAUAUGCAUGUAUAUGAAAAGGACACACGAUGCAGUAAAGCCAUAAACGAGUUUGGUGUUGUACCGUUGACACGUUGCACUAGUGUAAAAUACUAUGAAAUGUCAGAGUGACAUAAAACAGGCAUGAGAGAGAGAGAGAGAGAGAGAAAGAGAAAUUAUAUAGCAACGAGAGAGAGAGAGAGAGAGAGAGAGAGAGAGAGAGAGAAUGUCAGUUUUGCGUUUACAACGUUGUAAAAACCUUUUAUCCCGUUUUUCAUCUCGGUCCAAUUAAUGCACUAUAAAAUGCACAUUGCCUCGACAUCCUGCUGUGGUGUUUUUUCUCUUUCUUUUCUUCUCUUUCUAUCUAAAGGCUUCUAAAGAAAAAAAAAAAAAAAAAAAAAUAAUGUCUCAGUAUGAUAAGGAAUAUUUCUAAAACAAGUUUCAAUCGUAUUUACCACCUUGACAAUGUUUUUAUUUCAAUUAAUUUUUAAGGAGGAGAUCUUAUAUCUAUUUCGUUGAUAGAAAAAGAAAUCUAGAAAUUAAGACUAAUUAGUGUAAUUAAUGUUUAAAAAGACAAAAGAUGGAGAUCGAUCUUUUUUGUUCGUCCUUUUUUGUUUCUUUCUUUUUUUAUUUAUCCUAGGAAAAUUCUUCAAAGAAAUAUUUAUUAUAGGUUUAGAAUGAAUCGCUGUCACUUAAUUGGAUAAUUGAAUAUUGCAUCCUUCUUCUUCUUCUUCUUCUUCUUCUUCCUUAUUAUUAUUAUUUAUUUAUCAAUGAUAUAUUUAACAAAGAUGAUUUUAAUUAUAAGAUCGGACUUAUAUAUCUUUACCAAGUGUGUGAAAGAAAAUAAGGAUAACUCAAAGAUUCUACUAAAUAGUCAUCCACAAUAACUUUCUUUUUUCUGAGAAAAAAAAAUUUGUCGGGUCUUCGAACUCAAAGAUGUUAAACUUAAUCAAUUUUUUCCUUCGAUUAUUAUCGACUAAUUAAUAAUCGUAAUCUCAAAUUGUCCUGUAUAAUAUCAUUAAAAUACACUAGUCAAAACGA